AGCUGGCUCCGACCUCGAAAAUUGCGGAAAUGACUGUGAUGUUUUGUUUUGUUUUGCUUUUGGUCAGCAAAGUACUCGGCAAAACUCGUCACACAAUUUUAACAACAAAGAGAAAAGACGAUAUAUAUGCUACGAUUUGAAUGUGAAAUGUUAUUUUUGACAUAUGUCUAACGUUAAGCUUUAGUUAGCCUACUUGUCGUGGAAAUACAUUUUCACAUUCAUAAAUACUUUCACUUUCACUUUUUAAUUUUUCAAAACACUUAUUUAUUAUGUAGUGGAAAAGUGUUGAAAAUGACGGCCUCUAUUUUGAUCGCUUUGUGUGCAUUCUUCGUGGCUGGUGUUUAUACAUAUGGAGUGUCACAGUCUGUGAUGGAGGGAGAAUCAGUGACUUUACCCGCUGGUGUUGAAACGAACAAACAAAAAAGGAUAAGAUGGUAUUUUAAUGAAAUUCUCAUCGCUGAAAUCAAUGGAGAUCUCAAUUAUAGCUGUACAGAUGUUCAGUGUAAAGAUGCUGAUAAGAGAUUCAGAAACAGACUGAAGCUGGAUCAUCAGACUGGAUCUCUGACCAUCAAAGACACCAGAACCACAGACUCUGGAGUUUAUAAACUAAAGACAAUAAGAAACAGUGAAGACAGCGUAAAGAUCUUCAUUGUUACUGUACAUGGUUUUUUCAGUAUGAAUACAGAAGGAGAGUCAGCAUUUGUGAUGGAGGGAGAUUCAGUCACUCUACACACUGAUGUUAAAACAAAUCAACAAGAAAAGAUUAGAUGGUAUUUUAAUGAUGCUCGUAUAGCUCAAAUGACUGGAGAUCUCAGUUAUAUCUGUACAGAUGUUCAGUGUAAUGAAGGCACUGAGAGAUUCAGAGACAGACUGAAUCUAGAGAAUCAGACUGGAUCUCUGACCAUCAGAGACAUCACAACCACAGACUCUGGAGUUUAUUGUCUACGUAUCAGCAGCAACAACAGCAUCAGUGAAAAGAUCUUCAUUGUUGCUGUAUAUGAUGCUCCUGAUGCUGAACGAGAUAAAAUGAAGAGAAAGUCAGUGAAGGAGGGAGAAUCUGUUACUUUAAAUCCUGGUGAAAUUAAAAACCUGAAUGGUUUGAUGAUGUGGUAUUUUAAUGACAUUUGCGUCGCUGAAAUCACUGGAGAUCAGAGUAAGAUCUGUACAGAUGAUCAGUGUGAAGAUCCUGAUGGAAGAUUCAGAGACAGACUGGAGGUUAAUCAGACUGGAUCUCUGAUCAUCAUAAACACCACAAUCACAGACUCUGGACUCUAUAAACUACUGAUCAACAGCAGCAGAAUCAGUAUCAUAAAGAUAUUCAGUGUUACUGUCGCUGCUGUUCCAGAUUCAAGAGUGUCUUCAGCUGCUAAAGAACGAAUACAUGUUGUUGGUGUUCUUCUGCUGUUUACGGCUGCAGCAGCUGCUGCUGUGAUUUACUGUCUGAAACACCGGAAAUCUACACAAGCAGGACGAAAUGUCAUCAUUAGGCUGCACAGUUACAAUGAGGAGAAUGGUGUUAAACACUCGACUCCCUUAUCAGAAUGGGUUUUAACUGAUGACUGCUGAUAAUGGGACAUCACAGUAGCAUUAAUUAUGAUUAUUUGGGUAACUUAGAUGGGAAAUGAAGGAGAGGAGUGGAAAAAGCUUAAAUUCUUAUCACUCUCAGAGAAGUGGUUCCACUCAGUACCAAUUCUGAUAUUUUCUGCUUUGUACUAAAUGUUUUAUAGUUGAAAUGUGUAAAAAUGCAUUAUUCCUUCUAUUUUGUUUCAACAUGUAGCACAUUGGAAAGUAAUAUACUGUAAGCAUACUUAAUAUACUGUUAUUUUUUUUACUGCCAAGUGUGUACAUUCACUUUCUUUGUUCAGUUCCUGUUGCCUUAAGGUGACGCUCACUACUUUAUUACUUCACAUUAUCUGUCCAUUAUAGAUAUUUCAAUUUAAAAAUGUAAAGUUGUGUUGGAUAUAAGUGUUUGUUGAAUGAUUCAAUGUACAUAUAGAUGUUUGUUGUCAGUCUCAGUCUCCUUCAGUUAUGUUCACGAAACAUGUUUGGCUGUGUUGUAUUUGUUCAGAGUUAUAUAGUUUAUAUAUUAUUAUAUUUAUUAUUAUUAUUAUUUUAUUUUAUUUUAUUUUAUUUUAUUUUUUAUUUUGUGUGUAUAUUAGAAUAUAAUCACUGUGUGAUUGAAAUAAUCAAACAUCGCUUAAGUUUUCUGCAUGCUCAGUCCGGACUCUAUCACCACAUUCCAGGACAGGAAAAGAACAGCAAAUAUAUAUACACGUUUAUCCUGUUUGAUGUGGAUUAUGAGAUCUGUUCCACUGAAUGAGGAAAACAGUCUGUAAAGUUCACCCCAUAUAACUGUUGUGUAAUGGAAAUUAAUUUGAAUGAUGUUUGUUUGCACAUAUGCUAUUAAAUAUACUGUAAUAAUGAGUGUGUAAUUGAAAUCUGUGUUUGUUAUUAAAUGAGUCUGUUAUAGAAAAAAAAAAAAUAAAACUGAAAUAAGCAAACAUUAA